AUGCCUUCGAGGCGGCGGCAUCACCACCAGGAGCGUCCUCCUAGACCUUAUGCCCUGCUCCACGCGGGCGUGAGGCUGCUCGGUUGGAUCACCAGCCUUGCGGCCAUUCUCCUCCUCGCAUUUGUCUGCAAAGAAUGGUCAUCUAAGAGCCAGGUCAUUAUUGCGGGCGCCGUGGGUUGCGCCAUCGCAAUGCUCAAUGACAGCUGGGAGAUUCUAGCCGUGACAGAUGCUUCAUUUACGGUCCCCAGAUUAGCCACCUCGCGAAGAGUUCUUCACGAUCUUUUCUCUCUGGCGCUCUGCGUGGGCGGUAUCAUCAUGAUGUGGGUGUCCACCAUCAACAUCUCCGACAGGGACGCCGAGCAGAAGCGUCAGUACAUGUGGCUGAUGGCUUCCCUAUGGGCUGUGCUCGCAGUCAUUGGCUGGAGAUUAAUAUUUGCCGUCUGGGGCUGUGUGGAUUGCUCUAGCGAUGCCAGACGCGCCGCAGCGCGGAGGCAAAGACGGCGAAGGCAAAAUGAUCCCUGGCGCCAGAUGGGAAUUCUGUGA